AUGUCUGAAUUCCUUAACUACAAAGUUGAUUUAACUUUGCAUGAUGGGUCAAAGUCAUCUGGUGUUAUCACGAGUGUUGAUAAUCAGCAGAUCGUACUUAGUAAUGCAUAUCAAACUACGAAUCCAACGCAUCAAUUAUCCAAUUUGAAAAUUAGCAGCUCUCAAAUCGCCGACCUAAAAGUUGUUCAAUUGCCUCCUGAUAUGUUAAAGAAUGGCAAAAAUAAGCGUAGCAAUGCAAAAUCCAAUGGGCACCAAGGGGAUGCAGCAAUUGGAAGUUCGCCUGCAUUAUUGGAUGAUGCUAUUGUAUUUGCCAAGUCAUCGACGCCAACGUCGAGAGAUUCGAGUUAUAAGGAAAAGAAUACGCAUAUUACUCCAAAGUCGAGUAUUACUAAUAGCAGAUCAAAUACCCCAAGAUUAAAAUCAAAUAGAGCACAACAAUCUGCAUCAUCUACUAUGACUGGAGAUCCAGAUUGGGGCCACGAACGUGAAAUUCAGGACAUAAAACAUUCAAAUGAGUUUGAUUUUGCUGCCAACUUAGCAAUGUUUGAUAAAAAGUCCGUAUUUGCCGAUUUCCAAAAGAAUGAUAGUGUUAAUCCAGAGGAUAGAUUAGUUGGUCACAAUAAACUUGAGACUAAUCAGAACAAAAACAAAAAAGACAAAUAUGAUAAUGAUGAAAUGAUCUUAGAUGUCAACAAAACUGACAAUUGGGAUCUUAUUGGUAGUACUUUUAAUUCCAAGGGCAAAGGUGCAAUAGACAAUAUCAAGAGUGCUCCUUCAAAUGCUCAUGGCGACAAGGAAAAAUCAACGGUCUCUAAUAUGAACAAGACAUUUAAGCUUGUGAAUUCACAAAACUUGAGUGUGAUACCUCUUUGUUCUCCGGUACAAUUGUUGGAAAUAGAAAGAUUAUCAACCGAUUCGUAUGGUGUUUCCCCUAGCAUCAUGGCUGAGCUUUGUGCUUCUAAUUUAUCUCAGUUAAUUACCACCAACAUCUUAGGUGGGUCUACAAGGUUGAGUAAGAAAAAGAAUCAUAACUUACCACCGUUGGUUUUAUUGCUAAUUGGUAGUGGAAGAUGUGGUAGCCGUGCUUUUGCAACAGGUCGUCAUUUAACAAACCACGGAGUCAGAGUUCUAGCAUUUGUAAUAAGCAAUGACGACAUUGAUAAAGAAUUGUCCACUCAGUGGUCACUUUUUGAGAAGUGUGGUGGAAAGGUAAUAACAUCCAGCUGCUCUGCAUUAAUUAACACUAUAAACCAUGAACUUGACACUCCAGUAGAGUUAAUUAUUGACGCUUUGCAAGGCUACGACGACCAUUUGGAAGACAUUUUUUACCAAGAAGAACAACAAAAGGAGUUAGCAAGAUUAAUGUCCUGGUGUAAUGAACCACAGCAGGAAUGCAAGAUCAUGUCCUUAGAUAUACCUUCAGGCAUUGACGGUGGCUCUGGUACAGUUCUGGAUCCGGCUUUGAAGUUGAAUUGCAAGUGGUGUGUUUCCAUGGGAUUGCCAAUCACUGGUUUAAUACAUGCCUACAAGAAUGGCCACUUAGCAUAUGAUGGAGAUGGAGAAUCAUUGCAUUAUUUGGUAGAUGUAGGUAUUCCAAAUAAGGUAUACAGCAGUAAAGGAAAUUUGAGAAAAUUUGACAAAUUCUGGUUCAGCGCAGAAUAUAGUAUCAAACUUGAUGUGUCCACUGAAUAG